AUGAAAGCAGAAGAAACCACCAUUCACAAGACUGGUCGUGAAGGCCCACCAGAUCUCCGACUCCUACAUUUCAAUGAUGUCUACCAUCCAGCGACUGGGACCGAAGACCCAGUGGGCGGUAUUGCGCGUUUCCAGACAGUGUGCAAUUACUACCGGGACGACGAGAAGUUCAAGGAUCUGCCCAAGGCUAUGACGUUCUUUUCUGGUGACGCUCUGAACCCAAGCCGCGAAAGCACGGUGACGAAGGGUGCGCAUAUGGUGGAGGCGCUGAACAAUAUCGGGAUUGAUGCGGCUACCGUUGGGAAUCAUGAGUUCGACUUCGGAGAGGCCAACUUCAAGAAGCUCGCUCAGAGAUGCGACUUCCCAUGGCUCCUCGCCAAUCUCGACGACCCAAAUGCGGGAGAGAACAUGUGUUUUGGCCAAUGUGAGAAGUCGAAAAUUAUCGAGGCAUCCAACGGGCUCAAAAUUGGGAUCCUUGGGUUGGUGGAAAAGGAAUGGUUAGAGAAGAUCAACACCUCUCUCCCAGCCAGCCUCCAGUGGAGAGAGCCGAUCGAAGUGGCCAAGGAAAUCGCUCCUCAGCUGCGGGAACAAGGCGCCGACAUCGUGAUCGCAUUAACCCACAUGCGCCAACCAAGAGAUUUUGCUUUUGGCGACGGCAUUCCUGAAGGUCUGAUCGAUCUCAUUCUCGGCGGCCACGACCACGAGUACGAGUACCAGGUCUUCAAGAGCGGAGCCACUUUCCUACGAUCUGGAUCUGACUUCAAGAACCUCAGCUACGUCGAAGCUCGACGCAAGGAGGACGCGAAAGGAUGGGAUUUCGACAUCGUGAGGCGAGACAUCGUUCGCGAGAUCCCGGAAGAUGAGAAGACCUCUGAACUGGCGGAGAGGCUGGUCCAGGACGUCCACAGGAAGCUCGGCAAUCGGAUUGGCUUCACAUCCGUCCCUCUGGACGCCAGAUUCGACACUGUUGGGCAGCAGGAGUCGAAUUAUGCGAAUUUCGUGGCGGAUUUGAUGCGCUUGUACUACGAGGCGGACUGUGCAGUGUGCACAGCGUUCACCAUCAAGGGCGAUCAAGUGUACCCGCCAGGCGAACUCUUCCUCAGGAAUCUUGUUGACUGUCAUCCGUUCGAGGACCCCGUGGUGGUGGUUAGGGUCAAAGGAAAGGCGCUUCGCCACGCUUUGGAGAAUGGUGUUAGCCAGUAUCCAGAACCCGCUGCUUGCUUCCCGCAAGUCUCCGGCAUCAGGUACUCCUUUGAUGGCGAAGCCGAAGCUGGCAAGCGAAUACGCGAAGUCGAAAUGAACGGCAAGGCCUUGGACGAGAAUGCAGACUACACAGUAGCGUGUCGAGCAUUCCUGGCUUCAGCCAAGUUGGGCUAUGAACAAUUCCGCGUCCACGCCGAAGGCGGCGGAGCAGAAGAGGUCGUCUCAGAGGAAGAGGGCGUUCUCGUAUCUGGGUUGCUACGGCAGUACUUUGCAUCAAUCGAGAUCGUCGACAGCAUGAAAGGGUUGGCUCAGAAGGAAAAGAACCCCACAUCGCAGUGGGACAGAGUCAACGACGAGAUGGACAAGUCGCACCCACCUAGGGAGUCCUCGAGUGACGGGAAGAGUGGUGGCAAAAAGCGAAACGCUGAUGAUGGCAGUGACGACGACGAGGAAGUGAGUUCUCGGAAUGAAGAACGGGAGAAGAGGUUACAGGUGGCGAGGAAGGUGCUCAAGCGAUGGCGACGAGUGGCUGGAAUUCAAGGUCGGCCGGAGUUGGCGAGCGAGCAGGAGCAUGGCGAAUUUGUUGUUGGGUGGACAAAGGGUAUUGCGCCGAAGCUGGAUGGGCGGAUACAAAUGGUAAGCGGUCAGGCUUGA